CUCUCCCGCUAUCUGCGGUUACUUCCUCGAUUGAUUCUCGCCCCAGUUACCUUCUCAAACCACCAAUUUAACCGUUAAUUAACGACCUCAUACUCCUUAUUUAUAAGCACCAUGGGCUUGGUUUGAAGUUUGAAUAGAUGUGGUUUUCCAUCUCGAAUCACUUCAAGCUUAAGAUUGAGGCGAAUCGCUUGUGCACUGGAACACCUGUUAUUGGUUGGAAGCUUGGUCUGUUUUAACAAUUGAGUUCACUGUUCUGAUGAAUUCAGGCUCUAUUUGCUUUUCAGUCUUGCAAGACACAAGAUGCAAUUCAUCUUUGCUAAGAGGUAGUCUUUUUCUUCGACCAGCGACCUGGACCAGUAUUUGGUCAGAGAACUUCCAGACUUUGAGAAGCAAUCUUGGAAGCAGUUGUAGCUUUAAGCCGCUUGCAUCCAAUUCCCAUGGACCUUCUGGAGAGGGGCUUGGUAGAGGUAAAUGGAAGCAACGAUCUAUAACAACAAAAGUAGGAGGAAAUAAAGACACUCAAAGCACUAAAUUUGGCGACCUCAGGCAUGAGCUCUUGGACGGAACAGUCUCAACAACUACCAAGUUGCAUAUAAAGAAAUCAGAGAUUCUUAAGUUUGAAAAACCACUAUACUGUGACAUCCAACAAACAAAUGUGGAUAUUAAGGAAAUUGAGCGGCUUUUAACAAUUAUUGUCUUUGAUAUUGAAACGACUGGGUUCAGUAGACUUAAUGAUCGAAUUAUUGAGGUUGCACUUCAGGACCUCUUGGGGGGUGAGAACAGUACUUUCCAAACCCUAGUCAACCCUGAACGGUAUGUCCUCAAUUCACAUGUCCAUGGAAUCACAACCAACAUGGUCAACAGACCUGAUGUCCCAAGGAUGGAGGACCUGAUUCCAAUCUUAAUGCAAUAUGUAAGAAGCCGCCAAAAACCUGGGGGUCUUGUUUUAUGGGUUGCUCAUAAUGCAAAAACUUUUGAUGUGCCCUUUUUGACAAAUGAGUUCCGUCGCUGCUCCUGGGAGAUUCCCUCAGAUUGGUUGUUUUUGGAUACUCUUCCUCUUGCUCGUCUGUUGAUGAAGUCAGAAGGGUCAAAGCUGUGCUCAACCUCACAGCAAGCACUUCGCGAGUACUAUGAUGUUCAAUUAACGGGUAAAGCACACAGAGCCAUGUCAGAUGUGAAAACACUGUCACAGAUACUGCAGAAGUUGACUUUUGACCUGAAGCUAACAGUCUCAAGCCUUUUGGAAGGAUCAUUCAAGGCUUCAGACUCGACAAGCUCAGAGAAGAAGAAGAAGAAGAAAAACUCAAGCUAGUUUCCUUCAUCUUGUACUACUAUUUAUUGUGUUGUACACUUCCAUUCUUUUUUCAAAGCUAAUACCAUUACUUUCUGUCACCCCAAA